AUGACUUCCUCUUGUCGAAUUUGGACCGCCUUUCUGGUGGCGUUGUUGUUCCUUUCGACAACAACAUCUGUGGAAGCCAAGCUUGCCCAGCGCUCAGACCAAGAAAAGGUUGCCCUGACCAAGACGUUGGUCGGUGCAGGACUCAGCGAAAAGACUGCCGAAAAGGUGGUGGGUGGUGAACGGUUGUCGAGGACGGAACGCAAGCAGGUUCAACAAGCCGAAAAGGACCGCUAUGUGGAAAUGCGCCGACAGGGACAAGACGAAGUGAGCGACACGGCCGAUGCCGCCGCUCUUCGAAAUUAUCGUCUUCGAAACAAAAAGCGCAAGGGUCUUCUACGCCGCAAACAAACCACGCUGGCUCAAGUCCUCUUUCCUGGAGUCUCGCCCAACAACUACCGAUCCGGUGAACUUUUGUUCAUUUUGACCGAUUUGGCCGAAUCCAAAAAGACUCCCAUUCCUUUCGAGUACUACGAUUUGCCCAUGAACUGCGACGCUCCCAAAUUCGCCAGUGCCGAGAAAUCCGUGUUGCGCAAUAUUAUGGAACGCCAAAAUUUGGGUUCUCGUCUCCAAGGGCACAAGGUCGAACCAGCCCCCUACACCAUCAGGACAUUGGAAAAUCAACCUUGUAAAAUUUCCUGCGUCAACACUUUGACCAACAAGAAUAUCCGCCGUAUCCGAAAAUUGGUGGCCCGUCAAUACCGCAUUCAGCUCAAUUUGGAUUCCUUGCCAGUUCUGAUGCGAUCCAAGGAAUACAACUACGCCGCCCGUGGUUAUCCCAUUGGGUUCAAAGCACCCGUCGCCGGUGCGGCUCAAAAGUCCAAGCGCCAACGACGCAAGGAGUUGGACACUGGCGAAAUGUUCUUGUACAAUCAUUUCCAUUUUGUCAUUCAUUACCAAGAUGUCGGUGAUGAGGAAGAAGGUCAAGACGUUAUUCGCAUCACCGGUUUCGAUGUGCACCCAGUUUCCUUUGACCACAAGUUGCAGACCGACACCCAGCGAGGAUCUUCUUGUCAACACAACCACAUUGACAACGACCCCAAUUCGUACCUGCCCUUGCCGGAUGACGCCCCCGAGUCGACCCGCAUUGCCAUGUCGUACGAGGUGGAGUUCGUCAAGAGUGCCACGGACUGGACUGAUCGAUGGGAUGUCUACCUCAUUGGAGCUCCCGAUGACGACAUUCACUAUUUCAGUAUUGUCAACUCCCUCAUGAUUGUCCUCUUCUUGACGGCCGCCGUUUCGACCAUUAUGGUUCGCACUCUGCGCAAGGACAUUGCGCUCUACAACGAAAUGCAAACUUUGGAGGAGGCUCAAGACGAGACUGGAUGGAAGCUGGUUCAUGGAGAUGUGUUCCGUCCUCCCCAGACAUCGCCCCUUCUCUUGAGUAUCUUUGCCGGAACUGGAGCUCAGAUUGGAGCUGCCAUGUUCUUGACUCUGAUCUGCUCCACGCUGCACUUGAUGAACCCAAUGAAGAAGGGACAAACUCUGAGUGCCAUCAUUUUCCUCUACGUGCUCAGUGGAUCGAUUGCUGGAUACAUCAGUGCCCGUUUCUACAAGUUUAUGGGCGGCAAAGAAUGGAAGCAAAAUGCCAUCCUCACCGCUGUUGGCCUCCCCGGAUGCUUUGUGGGCAUGUUCAUGGUCCUCAAUGUCUUUUUGCACUUUGCCGGAGCUGCCACCGCGGUUUCCUUCUUCACCAUCAUCAAACUCUUCUUGUUGUGGGUUUGUGUCAGUACACCACUUGUGUUGGUCGGAAGUUUCUUUGGGUUGAAGCAAGAGGUCUUUGAAAUUCCCACCAAAAUCAACCAAAUUGCCCGUGUCAUUCCCCCCGUCCCUCUCCAUGUGGACCCUCGUGUCUCUUGCUGGAUGGGUGGAAUCCUUCCCUUUGGAUCCGUCUGCAUUGAACUGGCCUUUAUCAUGUCUGCGCUUUGGUUGCACCAAAUCUACUACGUCAUGGGUUUCUUGUUGGCUGUGUGGGCAAUUUUGGUUGCCACCUGUGCUCAAGUUGCCAUGGUGCUGUGCUACUUGCAGCUCUGUGUUGAGGAUUACCGAUGGUGGUGGACUUCCUUCUGGAAUUGCGCCACCGCUGGUGUUUACUUGUUCCUGUACAGUUUGUGGUUCCUUUCCAGCCGUAUGGAUAUGGUCGGAGUCUUGCCUAUUACUGUCUACUUGACCUACAUGGGAAUGAUCUCCAUUUGCUUUGGUUUGUUCUGCGGAAGUGUCGGUUUCUUGGCCUCUUUCUUCUUCUGUCGAAAGAUCUACGGCGCAGUCAAGGUGGACUAA